UUGAAGGGUGUCCCAAAAGUUGUCAAGCAGUCCAACCAAAACAAAGCAAAAGAAUCCACGAGUUUUUAUUAAUUCUUCUCAAAAGACUGUAUAGAUACGUCUUAAAAUGAGCUCUGGAUUUGUGUCGGAAACGGAAUUAGCAGAAGCCAGGAAAAAACGACAGGAGGAAUGGGAAAAAGUCAGACGACCAGAUGACCCAGAAGAGAGGCCAGAAGAGCCCUACGAUGGAAGGUCACUAUUUGAGAGGCUGAAGGAGCAGAAAGACAAGAAGGAUUUGGAGUUUGAAGAGUCCAGGAAAUUGAAAAAUCUGAUCCGUGGACUCGAUGACGAUGAGAUUGACUUCCUGGACAUGGUGGAUCAAUCAAAGAUUAACGCUGAGAAGGCUAAACAUUUGCAGGACUUGAAAGAGUUGCAGGAAUUCCGGGAGAGACAAAAUACCAUUGAUGAGAACCAUAUUGACAAGAUACGACAAGCAGAACUAGAGAAGCCCAAGAUCAGCAAAAAUCUCUCAAGCAGCCAUACGUCCCAGAAAUCCAUUCUAAAGGGUGCUAUUGUCCGGAAAAGAGAAGCCUCCGGAGGUUCUGGCGAUGAGCCUGCAGAGAAGAAAGCAAAUACUGGGAAUAAAGAUAAUUCCGGGGAAUCUAACGGCGGUCUAGUCUGCCUAGGAGUUCUUCCGGGAAUUGGCAGGUACGACUCCAGCGAUGAAUCCGAUAGUUCUUCUACAGAUGUUGAGGAUCUGGCCACUGGUUCCUGCUGCCUAGAUCUGGUGGGAAGGAAGAUCCUAAAGAAAAUUACAGAUGAAGAUUGCAAGUAGUUUGUGUUCAGGUGAUUUAAUAAAUUCGAAUUCGAGCAUUCA